AUGGAGCAGUCCGGCGCCAAGAAGUCGAACAAGAUCACCGAGAUCGUGCGGAUGCAGCAGAUGCUGAAGAAGUGGCGCAAGCUCUCGGUCACCCCCAAGGAGCCAAGCUCGCCCACCGCCGGCGGCGGGGGCAAUGCCGGCGAGAGCAAGGCCAAGAAGUUCCUGAAGCGGACGCUUUCCUUGACGGACGGUCCGCCCUCGGGCUCCCCUCCACCGCCGCCCAAGGGCCACCUCGCCGUGUGCGUGGGCUCCGCGAUGCAGAGGUUCGUGAUCCCGAUGGAGUACCUGAAGCACCGCGCCUUCGCGGCGCUGCUGCGGGAGGCCGAGGAGGAGUUCGGCUUCCAGCAGGAGGGCGUGCUCCGCAUCCCCUGCGAGGUCCCCGUCUUCGAGUCCAUCCUCAAGGCCGUCGAGAAGAACAAGAAGGACGCCGCCUUCUGUUACUGCAGCGUCGAGUACGUCGCCGACGAGGUCGGACGUGGCACUCCCAACAACCCGCUCUGCAGAUAG